GACAACACAGCUAUAAUGUGGGAUGUCAAUAAAGGACAGAAGGUUUCCAUAUUUAAUGAGCACAAGAGUUAUGUCCAAGGGGUAACCUGGGAUCCUCUAGGCCAGUACAUUGCAACCCUGAGUUGUGACAGGGUCCUGCGGGUGUACAGCACACAGACCAAGAGGGUGGCCUUCAACGUCACCAAGAUGCCAUCUGGAUCGGGAGCCGAAGGAGAGGCCCGGAGCUACCGGAUGUUCCACGACGACAGCAUGAAGUCCUUCUUCCGCCGGCUCAGCUUCACCCCCGAUGGCUCCUACCUGCUCACUCCAG